AAAGAACAGGAUUAAUGUUUUAAAACUAGCUGGAAAGAGCUCUCCUCCGCGUGCAUUCAGCAGGAUGGAUUACACAUAACGAGCAUGAUUUAAUUAGCAAACCCGUGGAAUCCGAGAGAGGAGUGUUUGUAAUGUAUUUCUGCAUGGUAAUGCGUCGUUAUUGCUCAGCAAACAAGCUCGAGGUGAGCUGGGGACUCGAGUGUGCGCGCGAGAGCAGCAGUAACACCCAUCAGAUCCGGAUCUGACACGAGGACUGAGGAACUUCAGCAGUUGUGAGCUGGAGUCAGUCUGAUGCUGGAAUAAAAUCAGCCAGCAAUGCGGAGAAAGGGAUGAAUAGUAACUGUGCGAGCGCAUCACAGCACAACGUGCACGUGCGAGCUGAAAAUGAGCAGGGCAGCGCAAAACCAAUGGGCUUAAAACGGAGCUCAUCGAUGAUGACCAGCGUGACCUGCUAGACUGUAAAUCUGUGGAGUGCACAGCCACGCACAGCAGAGAUGUACCAAGAGGUGGCUUUCCUAGCAGGCAGCACCGAUCAUCAGUUUACCUCCUUCCACUUUAACCCUUUGGAGAAUCCGCGUGAAAUCAGCAGCAAAAAAGGUGUGUUUUACAAGCGUGCACAAUUGCAGUGCAAGCCUGGGGUACAGGAGGACGAGGUGCACCGGAAUCAAGGAGCUGGAGCGGAUGAGGGUGCUUUAGUCGACCGCACCGCCAUCAUCAACGUGGGUGGCAUCCGUUAUCACAUACCAUGGUCCACUCUUGAGGAGUUCCCAUUGACUCGUUUGGGGAAGUUACGCAGCUGCAGCAAUGCCGAGGAAAUCCUCGACUUGUGUGAUGACUAUGACGCGCACUGCAACGAGUUCUUCUUCGACCGAAGCCCCAGCGCCUUCCGCUCCAUCGUCUCGUUCCUGGCGGCCGGGAAGCUUCGUCUUCUGCGGGAGAUGUGCGCGCUCUCCUUUCAGGAGGAACUGAUGUAUUGGGGUGUGGAGGAGGCCAGUCUGGAGUGGUGCUGCUUGAGGAAGCUCCGUCUUCGGCAGGAGGAGCUGCGAGAGAGACUCCGGCUGGAGGAGGAGGAGGCUGAGCUGACCUCGCCCCAGUCCUGUGAGGAGGCGCCCUGCGUCGGGAGCCCAGAGGAAGGGCGUAUGGACGGUUGCAUGCACAGCCUUAGAGACAUGGUGGAGAACCCUCACUCCGGGAUCCCUGGGAAGAUCUUUGCUUGCCUCUCUGUGCUCUUUGUGGCCAUUACGGCAGUUACACUGUGUGUCAGCACCAUGCCUGACCUGAGGGAGGAGGAGGAGAGGGGUGAGUGCUCCCAGAGGUGUUACAACAUCUUUGUGCUGGAAACAGUCUGUGUGGGUUGGUUCUCCCUGGAGUUCCUGCUCCGUUUCAUCCAGACUCAGAGCAAGUGGGAAUUCUUACGCACACCCCUAAACAUCAUUGACGUGGUGGCCAUCCUGCCCUAUUACAUCACUUUGAUAGUGGACUCGCUGUCCGUAAGCGACCGUCCCGCCGGCUCAGGAAACAACUACCUGGAGAAGGUGGGAUUAGUGCUGCGAGUUCUUCGAGCAUUGCGAAUCUUCUACGUCAUGCGUUUAGCACGUCACUCAUUGGGGCUGCAGACGCUUGGCUUGACCGUACGCCGCUGCACUCGAGAGUUCGGAUUGCUCUUGCUGUUCCUAUGUGUGGCCAUGGCACUGUUCUCUCCGCUGGUCUUCCUGGCGGAGAGCGAGAUGGGCGCCAAGCAGGAGUUCACCAGCAUCCCUGGGAGCUACUGGUGGGCCGUCAUUUCGAUGACGACGGUUGGAUACGGUGACAUGGUUCCUCGCAGCAUUCCAGGCCAGGUGGUGGCGCUCAGCAGCAUCCUGAGUGGAAUCCUGCUCAUGGCAUUCCCAGUCACAUCCAUAUUUCACACUUUUUCACGGUCCUACCUAGAGCUUAAACAGGAACAGAAUCGGGCCGCACGGCACAAGCCCGAUUCACAAGACAGCACCAAGUCCCAAAACAGUGAGGAUUCACAGGACACUGACAGUUCCUUACAUGGAAUCACAGAGACCGUCGCAGUUGGUGUGCAUCACCGCAGAUCCGUCGCUGUGGCAAGUCAAGGAGCACCACAGGUCAGGAGAUCUCUAAAGUCAUAAUGCAAACUGCUGACUGUAAGACUAAAAAAAAAAACAUGUACAAAGACAUGCUACAGGUGAUCGGCCAUAAAUAGUACCUGUAUAAUCAGGUGACUUGACAAUAAUAGACAGUGGGAAAGGGAUGUUAAAAUGGACAGGUUUGAAUGUCCAAAGCACAAAUAUUGAAAGAGUUAUUUCACCCUAAAAUGAAUGUUCUGUCAUCAUUUACUAACCCUCAUGUUGUUCCAAAUGCGUAUGACUUUAUUUUUCUGUAGAAAACAAAUGAAAAUUUGCACAAUGCUAAUUGUUUUUAUAUAAAGAAAGUGAAUGGAGACUGGAUCUAUAAACCCAAAAGCACAUUUUUAAAAAGUGGUCCAUGACUCAUACUAUUAUAUUCAAAGCUUCCCGUGGUCAUAAGGUAAUUUUGUGUGAGAAAAUGAUGCAUGGAGCUUCCCCUCUGUGUUAGCUCUUAAAUCUCAUUCUUGGUUGAGUAUUCAAAUGUGUCACACCAUGUUGGACUUCAGUGACAAGAUGCAACAUUGUUGUGGCAUAGAUCAUAACACAUAUUGUACUGUUUGAGUAUGCUUAACUGGUCCUAGCUGCACCGCUCCAUGUGGGAUUCAAACCAAUGUAAACCAGGUGGUGGGCACACUAACAAGGACGCUAAAGAUUGGAGCCUCUAGCACUGUGUGCCUCGAAGGUUAUGGGAGUGAGGUUUAACUGCACAGCUAUAUACCACUUGGCCUCUGUUACACUCACUGCCUUAAUCUUAGUGUCACGGCACCGAUGUAACUGGUCCUACAUGCACCAUUCAAAGACGGAUUCAAACCAGUGUCAACUGGCAUGGGUGGUGGGCAUGCUAACAAGGAUGCUAAAACCAGCAUCCCUUACCGCACCUCUUGAGGCCUCAUACACUAACUUUCUAAACCUUACUCCCAUUCGGGUCACAGCACCAAUUUCUCUGGUCCUACUGGCACCACUAUCAAAGGGAGGUGUCAUGUUAACAAAGAUACAGCAGUCCUUAAUGUGCUUUUUGAGGCCAGAAGAGUGAGGUUAACCUGCACAGCUCUUACUAGCUGGCCUCUGUUACAUUCACUCCCUAAACUUCACUCCCAUUCGGGUCAUGGCACCAAUCUCACAGUAUGGUAGAAGGGUACUUUAAGAAGGCACUAUGAAAAUGUCCCCUUUCAUGCCUCUUGAGGCCAGGGGAGUGAGGUUUAUAUGUGCAGCACUUACUAGCUGGACACCAUUAUACCAACCCCUCUAAAUUUCACCCUAAUCUAGGUCACAGCACCAGUGUAACCAGGGAUUCAAACCAGCAUCAAUCAGCAUGGCAGGAGGGCACUCUAACAGGACUGCAGAAGCCAAUGGCCUUUAAUCUGUCUCUGGAGGCCAGGAAAGUGAAGUUUCCUGUGGAGAUAUUACAAGCUGGCCAAUAUUAUACUCACACCCCUAAAUUUCACUCCCAUCCGGGUCAUGGCACCAAUGUAAAUUGUCCUACUCUUAAAACUCUGAGAAGGAUUGGAACCAGCUCAACCAGUAUAAAAGUAAGGCAUGCUAACAAGAAUCCUAAAACCAAAGCCCUUAAUGUGUCUCGAGGCCAGGGUAGUGAAGUUUACCCGUGCAGCUCUUAUUAGCUUGCCUCCGUUAUACUCCCACUUCUGAAUUUCACCACCAUUUGGGUCACGGCACCAACAUAACUGGUCCUACUUACAUCAUGCUGAGGGGUUUGAACUAGCAUCAACUGCACUGGAGGAGGGCACGCUAACAGGGACGCGAAAACCAGCGGCCCUUAAUAUACCUCUUGGGUGAGGUUUACUUGCAGAGAUCUUACUAGCUGGCAUCUGUCACACAUUUCUCUUAAACCUCACUCCCAUCUGAAAAAUGCCACCAAUACAACUGGUCCUACUUGCACCGGUCCUAGUGAGAUUGGAACUAGCAUCAAGUGGCAUGGAUCGUGGGUGCACUAACAAGAACACUUAAAACUAGCAAGCCUCUUGAGACCAGGGAAGAGAGGUUUACCAGCAUAGUUAUAUUUUACACAUGCAGCAGUUCUAAAGAGGUUUGGGAAUUCAACUGCCUCUGUCCCCAUUCACUUUCAAUGUAUGGAAAUGAGCAGCAUGAACAUCCAGUUAAAUAUUUACUUUUGUGUUCCACUGAACAAAGACAACCAAAUGGGUUUGGAUUGGUAUUCGGGUGAGUGAUGACUUAAUUUUCAUUAAGAAUGGAUCGAUGGAUGCUCCUAGCUGUGAAAACUGUAUGACUGUGAAGAUUGCCAUUUUAUUUUGCAUCCACCUUUAAGGUUAAAUUAGCUUUUCUCUGGUGUCAGAGGAUACAAUGUCACACUGUUCAAAACAGGCUAUUAAACUUAAAUUUAUGCUCCUGUAUAGCUGAUUUGCAAUAACUAUGUUUAUGAAAACACAUUUACACACGUCUCUGUAUAGCUCUGCUUUUAGAUGCCAUAGUCUCAGGAUCUGCCAGUUGUAAAAAAAAACAGUGAAAUACCCUUUAAAAGAAUAAAGGUUUCUUAUUUUCAAACUGUCUUGAGUGAUAGAUGGUUCUUAGUAUAUAUAGAUUCAAGUAAAACGUGAACUGGGAAGUGAACUGAAUGCUGCUAUACAGUACGUACUUAGACAUAAUACUAUAGGGUAUUUUUGACUACCAUGUAAAUGCCAUGGUAUAUCAAUAUAGUAAUAAUUCAAUAGCAUGGUAUUAUUUUCUAAUAACAUUUAGUUGGUUUAUUAUAUUGAGCCCAGUACAUCUAGUCCUAUAAGUGAUGUGUGACAGAGGGUCAGAUUGCUGUUAUCCACAUUGACCAGUGGUAAAUACAUCCUUAUUGAUUCCAUUGGGAGUCCUGUGCUCAUAAAAGCAUGGAGAGUUAUUGUGUGCUGCCAACACAAACACUGCUAAAAUGACCACGGCUGUAAUGAAUGCACUCUCAGGUUUCCAUUUUUAAUAAAAUUGGUUCAAUGCCUGCACAUUAUUCCAUAAAAAUAAAAAAAAACCCAGGCUGAGAAAGCCUGAGACCAUAGAGCAAUAAUGCCUUUUUUAUUCGAUUUAUUUAUUCAAUGUGAUUAUUAUUCAUAAAUUUAAAUGUAAUUGUUUGAUAAGCUAACAUCACAUGCAU